AUAGAAAUAAAUCGUUCGCCGAAUGGUUGAUAUCAUUAGCUUUCCAUUCCACUUAUCAUCAUCAUAAACUUUAUGAUAGUUGUACAAUUAUAUGAUUAAUAAAAAUAACAACCCGAUUAUAUGCAAUAAUUAGCAGAUUAUACAUGUUUUAAUAAGCAUUACCUGAUAUCAUUCCAUUGUAAACGUAUCUCACCAUGAAUAAUAUAGGAAGAAAUUUGGCAACUUUAUUUUGCAGUGUAGUAGUGGGAAUUGGAUCGGAAACAGUUCCGACUGCCAUUUCAUUUUUUUCUUCCGAAGUCAACGGCGGUGUGGAUAAAGAAUUGUACCAUUUGUAUUCAAAAUACAAAAAUAAAAUGGAUCAGACUGCAAAAACUUCUACGGGAAAAAAAGUACGCUCUGAAAAACCGUAUGCCAUGGAACGGGUGGAUUUGGUUGAGCCACGGAAAACAGGCUUGCGAAGGAACAAGUGGCACCAUAGAAAUCUGCGAAGAGUCACGGGUGAAAGAACAUCAGAUCUCAUGGACAUGGAUAAAGUAGCUCAAUCUAAGUAAGACAUAAAACGGUAAAAAGUUUUUAAGUGACUAUAAGGGCGAAUCCGAAUGAAAUAUGAAGUCAACGUAAAUUUUUGGCGAAAUUUAAGGCCUAUAAUUCCCCAAUAUAACAUUUUUGUUGUUUGAAUAACUACGUCGUAAAGCUAUUUUCAAUAGUAUUUAGUUUUGCUCUAGGAUGUUUUGCUUUACCACAAACUUGCCAGAAAAUUGGAAAAAAAAUGAAAUAAGAGGCAAGAAAAACAUAAAAAUACAUAAUUUAUCAAGAUACAAUUAGAUAUCUGAUGCAACAUUGAUAAUAACAAUAUAACAAUAACAAUAAACCUAGUGAUGUU